AUGCAUCCCCAGUUAGAAGCAGAACGCUUUCAUUCCUGUUUGGACUUCAUUAAUGCACUCGAUAAAUGCCAUCAGAAAGAAUAUUACAAGAGGAUAUUUGGGCUUUGUAAUAAUGAAAAGGAUGCUUUAAACAAAUGUCUCAAAGAGGCAAGCUUGAAUAACAAAAAACGUGCUGUUAUGGAAAGUAGAGUGAAAAGGGCUGAUGUGGAGAAAAGGUGGAAGAAAAUUGAAGAAGAGGAAUAUGGUGAGGACGCUAUACUUAAGACUAUUCUAGAUAGACAGUAUGCCAAGAAGAAGCAAGCAGCUGACAACGAUGCGCAUUCGAAAUAG